AUAUUUAGGAAAGAGAUGUUACAUGUGUUUUUCCACUAAGAAAUACUUUACUCUUUUUGUGAGUGAUGGGGUUCCUAUUCCAUGUGAUUGAAUUACCAAAAUUGGCAUUCUUAUGGAGAUAUCUGAAAUUAAUGGUGAUUGUUUUCCUUACUCGGCUGGGUCUCUGCAAACCUCCCCCUGAAGAAGAAGACGAUGCGGAUUCAAGCUACAACCCCAAUAGUUACAUCCUUCUAUUAGACGGCACUUGCCCUUCCCUUGUCACCGUUCCAAUCGAGGUCGCCACCGCCGCCGUCAAGCUCAAAGUCCCCAUACUCCUCUACAGCGAUUACCUCCUCUGCCGCCGCCGGAAAUGCGGCCAAUCAGUGAAGGGAUGCUCGAUCUGCCUUGAAUCCAUGGAGCUAGACGAGGAGGUCAGAGAGCUCAUCACCUGCAGCCAUGUCUUCCACAGGGGAUGCCUUGAUACUUGGGUGAACGAUGGACACGUCACCUGCCCCUUGUGCAGAUCUAUGUUGCUACCCCCUAAGUUGACCUCUUUCCGAUCUAAUUCUCUAAAUCCAUCCAUUACUAGUUCUAGUUAGUUUUCGAUGCUUAUUACAAACUUUUGCAUAAACUAUAACAGAUGCAAAAUUAGUGAUACUGACAUUUCCUGUACAGAUUGCCAUACUUAUUCUAAUAAAAAAUCUGCAAAACUUAUUGAAACUUUUGCAUAA